CACACACUAUACAGUGAAGAAGGGACUAAUGUUACAAUGAUGAAUAGAGAAGUAUUUAUAUUUUACAUCAACUUGGUUUGUGCUUUCACCGAACCAAAAGUAAUCCAACCAACCCCUGUGAUGGUUACUGAGCUGGGAGGCACUGUGACUCUCACUUGCCUUUGUCAUAAUGUGUCGGUGACCAGAUUUAAUUGGUUCAAGCAGAGUUUUGGACAGAAACCUCUCUACAUGACAUCAUCUCUUUAUGUUGGCCAAGAGAGUUAUUAUUCCAAAAACUUUAUCAAGGACUUUACCGGGACAAAACGUUUGGGUGUGAGGAGAGGAGACUACAGCUGUAACUUGACCAUAUCAAAGACAGAGCCAGGGGACUCAGCUACAUACUAUUGUUCCACUACAGCCAUCUAUGAGCAAACAUUUGGAGAGGGAACUGUUUUAAUUGUCAAAAACUCAGAGUCCAACAGCAUGUCUGUGCUCCAGCAGCCUGUGUCUGAGUCAGUCCAUCCAGGAGACUCUGUGACUCUGAACUGUACAAUACACACUGAGACCUGUGUAGGAGAACACAGUGUCUAUUGGUUCAGACAUGGCUCAGGAGAAUCUCGUCCAGGAAUAAUUUACACCCAUGGAGGCAAGAAUGACCAGCAUGAGAAGAGCCCUGAGGCUGGGUCUCCUACACAGAGCUGUGUCUACAACCUCCCCAAGAUGAACUUCAGCCUCUCUGAUGCUGGGACUUACUACUGUGCUGUGGCCUCAUGUGGGGAGAUACUGUUUGGGAACGGGACCAAGCUGGACAUUGAGGGUAUAUGAUACAGCUUCUAUUUCAUUUUAUAUCUACUGUAUAGUCUACCGUGUAGAACAUACAUUUACUUGCUAUUCUGGUUUCUUCUAUUACUGUUUGAAUUUCAACAGACCAUAGAGCAGAUCCUCUUCUCUUGGUGUCCUGUCUGGGUGUAGUAUUGGGAGUCACGUUCACCUUGAUCAUUGUCCUGGUUUGCAUCAUGUACAAGAUGAACAACACGAC